AUGGACGUGGACGUGGUGGUGGACGUGGACAUGGACGUGGACGUGGACGUGGACGUGGUCGUGGUCGUGGACGUGGACGUGGACGUGGACGUGGACGUGGACGUGGUGGUGGACGUGGACAUGGACGUGGACGUGGACGUGGACGUGGUCGUGGUCGUGGACGUGGACGUGGACGUGGACGUGGUCGUGGACGUGGUCGUGGACGUGGACAUGGACGUGGACCUCGACGUGGUCGUGGACGUGGACGUGGACGUGGACGUGGACUUGGACGUGGACUUGGACGUGGACGUGGACGUGGUCGUGGACGUGGACGUGGACGUGGACGUGGUCGUGGACGUGGACGUGGACGUCAACGUGGACUUGGACGUGGACGUGGACGUGGACGUGGACGUGGACCUGGACGUGGACGUGGACUUGGACGUGGACGUGGACGUGGACGUGGACGUGGACGUGGACGUGGUCGUGGACGUGGACGUGGACGUGGACGUGGACGUGGUCGUGGACGUGGACGUGGACGUGGACGUGGUCGUGGACGUGGACGUGGUCGUGGACGUGGAUGUGGACGUGGUCGUGGACGUGGACGUAGACGUGGACUUGGACGUAGACGUGGACGUGGAGGUGGACGUGGAGGACGUGCACGUGGACGUGGAGGACGUGGACGUGGACGUAGACGUGGACGUGGACGUGGUCGUGGACCUGGACGUGGUCGUGGACGUGGACGUGGACGUGGUCGUGGACGUGGACGUGGACGUGGACCUGGACGUGGACCUGGACGUGGACGUGGACGUGGACGUGGUCGUGGACGUGGACGUGGACGUGGACGAGGACGUGGUCGUGGACGUGGACGUGGUCGUGGACGUGGACGUGGACGUGAACUUGGACGUGGACCUGGACGUGGACGUGGUCGUGGACGUGGUCGUGGACGUGGACUUGGACGUGGACGUGGACGUGGACGUGGACGUGGACGUGGACGUGGACGUGGACGUGGUCGUGGAUGUGGACGUGGACGUCGACGUGGACGUCGACGUGGACGUGGACGUGGACGUGGACGUGGACGUGGACGUGGUCGUGGACGUGGUCGUGGACGUGGUCGUGGACGUGGAAGUGGACGUGGUCGAGGACGUGGACGUGGACGUGGACGUGGACGUGGACUUGGACGUGGACGUGGAUGUGGUCGUGGACUUGGAAGUGGACGUGGUCGUGGACGUGGUCGUGGACGUGGACGUGGACGUGGAAGUGGACGUGGUCGACGUGGACGUUGACGUGGAUGUGGACGUGGACGUGGAGGACGAGGACGUGGACGUGGACGUGGAGGACGAGGACGUGGACAUGGACUUGGACGUGGACGUGGACGUGGACUUGGACGUGGACGUGGACGUGGACGUGGAUGUGGUCGUGGAUGUGGACGUGGACGUGUACGUGGACGUGGACGUGGACGUCGACGUGUACGUGGACGUGGUCAUAGACGUAGACGUGGACAUGGACGUGGACCUGGACGUGGACGUGGACGUGGACGUGGACAUGGACAUGGACGUGGACGUGGACGUGGACGUGGACGUGGACGUGGACGUGGACGUGGACGUGGACGUGGACAUGGUCGUGGACGUGGACGUGGACGUGGACGUGGACGUGGACGUGGACGUGGACGUGGUCAUGGACGUGGACGUGGACGUGGACGUGGUGGUGGACGUGGACGUGGACGUGGACGUGGACGUGAACGUGGACGUGGACCUAGACGUGGACGUGGACGUGGACGUGGACGUGGACGUGGAGGAUGUGGACGUGGACGUGGACGUGGACGUGGAAGUGGACGUGGAGGACGAGGACGUGGACGUGCACGUGGAGGACGAGGACGUUGACGUGGACUUGGACGUGGACGUGGACAUGGACUUGGACGUGGACGUGAAGGACGAGGACGUGGACAUGGACGUGGAGGACGAGGACGUGGACGUGGACUUGGACGUGGACGUGGACGUGGACGUGGACUUGGACGUUGACGUGGAGGUGGACGUGGACGUGUACGUGGACGUGAACGUGGACGUGGACGUGUACGUGGGUGGACCUGGACGUGGACGUGGACGUGGACGUGGACGUGGACGUGGUCGUGGACGUGGACGUGGACCUGGACGUGGACGUGGACGUGGUCGUGGACGUGGACGUGGUCGUGGACGUGGACGUGGACGUGGACGUGGACCUGGACGUGGUCGUGGACGUGGACGUGGUCGUGGACGUGGACGUGGACAUGGUCGUGGACGUGGACGUGGACGUGGACGUGGACGUGGUCGUGGACGUGGUCGUGGACGUAGACGUGGACAUGGACGUGGACGUGGACGUGGACGUGGUCGUGGACGUGGACGUGAACGUGGACGUGGACGUGGACGAGGUCGUGGACGUGGACGUGGACGUGGACGUGGUCGUGGACGUGGACGUGGACGUGGACGUUGA